AUGAACGCGACUGUUCUACUCCGCCACUGGCGUCCAAGUCCUACUCGCCUCAAGAUUACUCUACGGCCUCAAUUCUUCUCAAAGUCUCCGCUCGUAUGGAGAACCUGUUACUCCGAUCAAGUUAAAGCACCGCACGAGAAGACAGAUUGCCAUACCACGAAAGCAAAGAGCACAACUCCUGCGGCGGCCACAUCGCGGUCAGUGUGGCGCCUCCCCUUCUGGAGCUGCCGGACGACCUGGAGACGAGCGGGAAUCAACACGCUGCGUUGUCUGGCGGGCUGUACGCUCGGUGAUUUUUCCGCACUAUGGAUGCUGCAAACUUACUAUCCAGAACUCGGCAUGACCACAAUAAUGGCCGCAUCCAUGGUGUCUGGCAUCACAACCUCAAUCAUCGUUGAAAGCGUUUUACUCCGGCGUGGAGUCGACCAACUUUCCUGGCCUAUGGCGGUCCGUACUGCGAUGGGCAUGAGUAUGGUGUCGAUGGUGGCGAUGGAGGCCGCAGAGAAUAUCGUCGACUACCAUCUCACGGGCGGCGUAGUGGCCUUGGGAGAUCCAAACUUUUGGAUGGCGGCAGCGGUGUCCAUGGCUGCUGGGUAUUUCGCCCCGUUGCCAUACAACUAUCUCCGUUUACGAAAGUAUGGAAAGGCCUGCCAUUGA